UGUAAUUAGGGGAUCUGGGAGGAGAGCUUUCCUGGGGACGCUCUGCUUUUCUUCUACUCUUGGUGAGAAAGUGCCUCCUUCUUCCCAGGAUCAGGACCUCUGCCAUCCCGCGCCACAAAGAGACCUUCUGCGCGCGCGCGCGCGCACACACACACACACACACACACACACACACACACACACACACUCACCCAGAGACAAACUUAAGGUGAGGAGAAGUCGCCCUGCCUCACUUGGUCUCCAGCCUCCACCUUCAGCAGGACUCCAACGUUUCAACUUCUGGAUUUCAGGACAAGUGGAGAAGAUUCCCUGGGCUAUAAAGAUGAAGAGUCUACUUCUUCUGGUGCUGAUCUCAAUCUGCUGGGCUGAUCACCACUCAGAAAACUAUCCUCUGGGUCAUGACAGCGUUAUCCACAUCCAAGCAGAAAAUGGCCCCCGUCUACUCGUGGAAGCUGAACAUGCCAAAGUAUUCUCACACAGAGGUGGCAAUGUCACACUGCCAUGUAAAUUUUACCGAGACCCUACAGCAUUUGGCUCAGGAAUCCACAAAAUUCGAAUUAAGUGGACCAAGCUAACUUCCGAUUACCUCAAAGAAGUGGAUGUCUUCGUUUCCAUGGGCUACCACAAGAAGAGCUACGGAAGCUACCAGGGCAGAGUGUUCCUGAAGGGGGGUGGCGAGAACGACGCUUCCCUGAUCAUCACAGACCUCACCCUGGAUGAUUACGGGAGGUACAAGUGUGAGGUGAUCGAAGGACUGGAAGACGACACUGCCGUGGUGGCACUAGAUUUGCAAGGUGUGGUGUUCCCUUACUUCCCACGCCUGGGGCGCUACAAUCUCAACUUCCACGAGGCGCAGCAGGCCUGUCUGGACCAGGAUGCGGUGAUGGCCUCCUUUGAGCAGCUCUAUGAUGCCUGGCGGGGUGGCCUGGACUGGUGCAACGCAGGCUGGCUCAGCGAUGGCUCUGUGCAGUACCCCAUCACCAAGCCCAGAGAGCCCUGUGGGGGCCAGAACACUGUGCCCGGCGUCAGGAACUACGGGUUUUGGGAUAAGGAUAAGAGCAGAUAUGAUGUUUUCUGUUUUACAUCCAACUUCAAUGGCCGCUUCUACUACCUGAUCCACCCCACCAAGCUGACCUACGACGAAGCGGUGCAAGCCUGCCUCAACGACGGUGCUCAGAUUGCCAAGGUGGGCCAGAUAUUUGUUGCCUGGAAGCUUCUGGGUUACGACCGAUGCGACGCGGGCUGGCUGGCGGAUGGCAGCGUGCGCUACCCCAUCUCCAGGCCCCGGCGGCGCUGCAGCCCCACGGAGGCCGCUGUGCGCUUCGUGGGCUUCCCAGACAAGAAGCACAAGCUGUACGGGGUCUACUGCUUCAGGGCCUACAACUGAGGGCCCGGGCGGCGGUCUCCAGUCACUACGAACAUGUGAAAGGUGGUUUUUCAAUACGAACUCGCGCAAGUUACCAAAACUGUGAUAACCCUUUUUUUACUUACUGUAAAGAGUCAUUUUCAUAAAGACCAAUUCAUUGAUUUGUUUUUGUAAAGCUAUCAUUCAAUAGAUAAUAUAAAUUAAUAUAAUUUUAAGGAAAGCUCUACAUCAAGGGGCUUUCGGGCCCAACCAUUUAACUCUGUCAACCCAAGUACCUUUCCAUGAACGGGCAUGCCGUCAUCGCUUGAGGAUUGCUAGGACUAAAUUCAGGAAAGUAAAGCUACUCAGAGCAGCAGCUUCUACAAGCACACGUUUUACACAUUUGUACAAUUUUGAAGUGCACUACAAUAAGCCAAUUAGAGCAACAGAUUUGAAAUACAGGCCUCUUCACAGAAACUGGGGGGUCAAACGAAACUCAGUUUCACAAGGGAACAAUCUACACUUUUCUAAAAGUUAAUAUUUCAGGUCUCCAAUAGACAUACUAUUUUACUCUUUAAAAUUCUACCUUUUUGACCAAAAACAAAAAAAUUCAUACAGACUCGAGUGCAUAGUAAUAAGCACAGUGGAAACUCCUUAAUAAUCCCGUUUAUAUGAAGUAUGAGACUUAAGUAAGCAGAUAAUAUUUAACCGAUGAAAAACUUCUACCUUCUUAUAAUCAAAAUUACACAUGUCUGAGAAGAACUGUUUUAUCUUUUGAGUAGCUUUACUGAGUUAUAUUUAAAUUCUAAGGGCCAUUUGCUAAGCAGCAUUUAGCAUCUACUCAGGGCAGUUAUAUAGAGAAACUGCUGGACAGAAAAAUUGUAAAAUUUAGCAGCUUGAUUUUAUGUUAGCCUAUGAAAUGUUAUUGUCCUAUAAAAUAACUUUAAACUAUUUAAUAUUUUUCUUAUUUACAUUACAUGAAAAAUUGCUUCAUAAAAGGAAUAAAUAACUAUACAUUUGCCUCACCAAGAAACAAAGACCUGACUUUCAAAUUUCUUAUUAUUCCUAUUUGUAUAUUCACUAGAAAGCCCACCUGGUGCCUGUGUUUGGGGAAAAAAAAUCAAUGAUGUAGUUCCAAACCUUCUUCCAAAUAGAAAAUGUGGUCAGUAAUGUCACUUCCCUUGCUGGUCCUCAUUGGGAUUAAAUAAAAUGCUGAAGCUGUCAUCAAAGAGUUUACACUAAAAUCUUCAGGGCUUUAAAUGAAAGUUUAAAUUCAAUUACAAAAAACAACUUUGCACAUUAGCAGUUCCAAUCUUAAAUAAAGCUCUGUUUUCCUAUAUUUUUAUGACUGCUGAGACCCUACAGGGACCAAUAUUUGUAUUCAAAUUACAUUUCAUGGUUUCCCAUUGUUUUGCAAUGAGUUCUAAUAAAUGGGAUUUAUUUUAAUAACCCAAGUAUGACAUAGCUGGUAUGCUUUUAUGAAUGUUUUUAUGUAGACUUUCCUCCCAUGAACAUGAGUAAAUAAAUCUGUUUCCUGAAUUUAUUGUGGUUGCAUUUAAAGCUCUGUAAUAAAUCUAAUAAAUUUACUCUAUA